UUUCCUCAGUCCGUCCUCUUCAUCCAUUCACACGCGCAAACUGCUGAUGAGGGUGUUCUGGGAGUUUUAUCAAAUAUGGGGAGUGCCAUAAUGAUGGGGGUUCUUGGGAGCGUGCUACGAGGGCGGGUCCUCUGCGACAGAAACUGGACUGGGAGCAUGUUUUGGAGUUGCAUCAGCGAGGAGGUCCAUGCAGAGUCUCCCAGGCAUGCCUUGUUCCCAAUUCGCUCGAACAAAUAUCUUCGAAUUUCCCCGUUUCCCACAAUCUAUCAGAUACUUCGUUCAAGUGAUCAUUCGCUUGCCCUAGAACUGUGAUCCAUAAUAUCGCUGGUAGUUGAUGCAUUGAUGCCUCAUCAGUAGUUUUGAUAGACCCCAUAUUCUUGUCAUGC